UCGCAGAGCAAUUCCACUGCAUCUCGGGAGCAGCCUGACCAUGGACUUUGAGAAGAUACUGGUCAAGUGCGGUGACUGCCAUCGCUACCAGUACAUGCUGCUAGUGCUCUACGGCUGUCUUAUGUUCAUCGUUUCGCGACACUACUUCGCCCAGAGCGUCAUCAGCUUUGUGCCAGACCACUGGUGCUAUCAUGAGCAGCUGGAGAACCGGAGCUAUGCCGAAAUCGCCUCUAUUUACUCCAAGUUUGCGAAUCCAUCGUGCACACGCCUCGAAUCGAUCAGCUCCGACGGGAGUAAUGCCACCGCCAGCCAGGAUCCCUGCACUCGAUGGAUCUACCACUACGAUCAUGGGUUCAGGAGCAUGAAUGCAGAUCUUAAUUGGGUUUGUGAUUCCGCCUAUAAGGCCCGAGUGGGCCAAUCUCUGUUUUUUGUGGGCUCUAUGUGUGGAACUCUCUUAUUUGGCCUUCUAGGAGACCGAAUUGGACGCAUUCGGGCCAUGGUGUUGGCCAAUUGGUGUGGUUUUCUGGGCGACUCAUGUACAAUUUUUGCCAAGAACCUGGUGACAUUCUCGGCCAGUCGAUUUGCCUCAGGAUUGGCAGCAGAAGCUAAUGCUUAUCUCAUGUACAUUCUAGUUUUGGAAUACGUUUCACCAUCCCUGCGAAACGUUGGCUUAAACCUGACCAUGGCUAUAUUCUAUUGCCUGGGAAUGAUCAGUGCAUCCUGGCAGGCCGUCUGGCUGGGUAGCUGGCGUUCCUUUAUGGCCUGGUCGGCGCUGCCUCAGCUUCUGGUCACCAUGUUCUACUUCCUGGUCCAGGAGAGUGCAGAAUGGCUGGUUACGCGGCAUGAUAUCGAUGGUGCCGUCUUAAGACUGCGGCGGGUGGCAAAGUUCAACCGCCAGGAGGUCAGUGAAGCCGAUUUUGAACUCUUUCGUCGGCAUUGCAAAGUCAAGGAGUCCACAGCAAAUAGUCAGAUAUCCAUGCAAAAGCAGGCUCGCCUGGUGGAUGCACUCAAAACUCCCAGACUGCGUCGAAGGAUGAUAUUUGUGUUGCUUGUGUUCACUAUCAUCACUCUCUGCUACAACACCAUGUCCCGGAAUGUGGAGGGUCUGGGAAUGUCACCUUUUGUUAUGUUCACCCUGUUUGCCCUGACCCUGCCGCCAUCGGGAAUCGUCCAGAUCCAGGCCCAAAGGCACGUGGGUCGCAAGUUUACCUCGGUGACCAGCAUGACCGCAACUGGGGUUUUGGCCGCGGCCAGUGGAAUUAUGCUGAGCUUCGGAAAGGAGCCCAGUGUGGCCAUGACUGUGGCCUUAAUGCUGGCAUCGCGGUUUGGCAUCUCAGUCACUUCGGGCGCCACCAUGCAAAUGUCCGCCGAGCUGGUGCCCACCUGUGUGAGGUCCAGUGGUCUGGCUGUGGUCCACGUGCUGGGCGCGGCCUUGUCCUUUGUCUCUCCAUUUAUUCUGCAUCUGGACAGCUACUUCCGAGGUUCUUCCUCGAUUAUCCUUUGCAUGUUGCUGUUUCUGAGCGCCUGGAUUUGCCUCCUUCUGCCGGAAACACGCAACAAAAAGCUGCCCAUGACCCUUUCUGAGGGCGAGGAGUUUGGCAGGGGCGAAAGGAUGUUCGACUUCCUGCGACGAGCUAAAAAGAAUCAAGACCACGAGUGUAAUGCUGAAACCAAUGAGAAACUUAUGUCGGAAUAAGAAGCACUUAUCUAGGUUUCGCCCAACGAAAGAUUGUAUUUUAUAAGGCAAUAAGUCCGAGACAUAACUUAAUAUGCUUAUAAGUACUCUUAAUUCUUAUAAGGCCAAAAACUUGUUAGCCAUCCUAAAGAGAUUUAAUUAUUGAUUCAGAGUCGCCUCUCGAUGGCUCCACGAGCCUAGUCAAUAAAAAAUACAGACUACUUUAAUGAUUUAAGUGUAAAAUUAUGUAGAGAUAAAAAAACAACAAGAAAAUAUGUAUAUCUAGCUGACAAUAAGAAAUAGAAAUACAAACUUAUCA